GGAAAGAAAAUAGGGAGAGCCGGGCGGGGCGCUCACACCUCCAAGCCCCGGCCUCCCAGGGCGGAGCAGGAAGCUUUUUGCACCAGGUGGUUCUUAACCCAGCCAGGGCAGUUGCAGGUGAGCUCUCGGCUCUCCCUCUGUCUGUGGUUGACAGGGCACCUUGGCUCCCGGAUGCAAGUAGCCCCCCAUGAGCGAUGCGCAGGUGACCCGCCUGCUGCGGUCCCCGAAAUCAGAGGCCUCCCGGGAGGCAGAUGGUGUGAGGCCUGGAUGUCGGCUCCUUCCCUUCCAGCUAGAUCAGGUGGCGGCGGCGCAGGCAGCUGGAAGGCACCCACGGAGAGAAAUCGAGACCAUGUUCAGAAAGAUCCACUCCGUCCUCCACUCCGGACCGCAGCGGAAGGCGGCGGCCGAGAGCCCCUUCUACGACGGAGCCAGCCCCGCGGUGCGGCUGAUUCGAAGUAGCUCCAUGUACGUGGUUGGGGACCACGGGGAGAAAUUCAGCGACUCCCUCAAGAAACCCCAGGGCGCCGGUGGCAUGGACGGCAGCCUGCCCGGGCUGCGGCGCGACGAGGACCGCGCCUGGGUGUGCGCGCGCGCCCAGGACUGCCUGCUCUACCUGCAGGAGCUGCUGGCCCUGCGCCGCAAGUACCUCAGCGGCCUGGGGGACCUGCGGCCCCCUCGCACCCCGGCCUCCAAGUCCUCCAAGUGGGGGAGAAAGGCCGCGGGCCAUCUCGCGCCCAGAGGAGGCAAGCAGAAACCCUCCUUGAAGAAAUAUGCACAGUUCAGCGCUGACGUGGCUGAAGCCAUGGCCUUCUUUGACUCCAUCAUCGCGGAGCUGGACACAGAGAGAUGGCCGCGGACUGCUGAAGCUGACUCUCUGAAUGAAGAUGUGGACUUUGAUGUGGCCACCAGCUCCCGGGAGCACAGCUUGCAUUCCAACUGGAUCCUACGGGCGCCGCGCAGACACUCUGAGGACGUUGCAGUGCACGUUACGCCCACCACAGAUAGCCAGCCGCAGAGGGGCGCUGAGCGCAGGACCAUCAGCACCCAGAGGAGGCUCGAGAGGCACCCCAUUUAUUUACCCAAAGCUGUGGAAGGGGCGUUCAACACCUUGAAAUUUAAGCCCAAAGCCUGCAAAAAGAAUUUGGGGACCUCUAGACAAAUCUUCUUCAACUUCUUAGAAGACAUGGAAUGGGAUGCAGAGCUCUUUGCCCUGGAGCCCCUGGAAUCUCCCCGGGGGAACCACUACGAGACAGAGAACCCCAGAGGGCAGUGGCUGCUUCGAGAAAGACUCUGGGAGCGGACAGUGCCCUGACUCCAUCCGGGUUCCCUGGAGAACUUCUGGUCCCUGAGAGGGUGUCUGCUUUCAGCACAGCAUGAGGCGUUUGGUAGAGUUAACAAUGGAAAUCAUAGCAAAAUCAACACCCUCCCCCCGCCCCCACACACACAGCCUGCUGGUGCCCAACGAGUGCCAAACAGAGCUGCGGCUUCCCAGAGGAUGCACCUCAGGAGACAUUCAGCCCUGCCACACGGACCAGUUAGCAGGGAAGGCGUGAAGGUCUGCAGGGGAGUGGCUGGGCUCACUCCUGGCCACACCUGGCCUGUCCCUGGUUGUCCAGGAGUCUGUCCAAAUGGCUGCUAGCACCGUCCUCAGCACUGGAAGCAAAUCUGCCUGUGAAUCUCUGGGCCAAAUUUUUACAAGGGGUAGCUCCCCUUUCCACGGGGCUCAGAGACACCUGGUUCUGCGCUGAGGCUGCCUUCUUUUAUGCAAAAUGCAGUUGAAAAAGCAGUUCCUUUUGCUCUGUUUUCAGAGUUUUCCAGAAACUGCCACUGUUUGGGCUAAAGGUGAUGCCAUUGUCCUGCAGUGGGUGAGGGGAGGGUGUGCUGGGGCCCUGCCUUGGGAACACAGUAUCUCCUUCAGCCCCAAACACACACUUCUUAUUGGCAACUGGCUGGAGGGGAGUGAAGAUGGAGUGAUUCUGUUUACUUUUUCCUAAUUCCCAGUCCCAGAAAAUCUUUAUAAAUAUCCAUGGAACCUGUGCCUCUCCAUUCCCCAAUUAGGAGGGCAGUUAGAUUCAUUACGUCCUUUCAGUCCAGGAAGGAUUUCUCUACUGCAGGAACUAUCUGAAUCAGAAUUACAUUUAAAAUAUAUUCUUUGCCUUUCUAGCAUAUAUUUUGCAUUUUUGUAUAUAGCUGUUCCCAUUGAAGCUUGAGGACCACUGCUGUGGAGAAUAUACUGAACUUUGUCCAUCUCGCUUUAUGCCUAGGAGUGUAUGAGGGCUUUAGGGACAAAGCAGGAAGACAGACUAGGAAAAAUGAAUCAUUUACGUUAAGCCAAGGAUGUUGUAGGUUACGGUCACUCUGAGAACUGAGUAAAGGCUUCCCUUUGUAGGGUGAUAUUCCUAUUAUUCUGUUUUUUUUUUUAGAACUUUUUUAGAACUUGCUAUUUAUGUGAACCUAAAUACUUAGAUUAUCUGAAUCUAAGUAUUUGUAACUCUGAAAAGGAAAAAAAAAGGACAACUUGUAAUUCCACGGCAUUCUUAGCAAUUUCAUGUCAACGCAUUUUCAGAAUAAAAACAUCCGAAAAUGUUUUAAUAUUUCUCUUUAUUAUUUUUGAGUGCCAAUGUCAAUGUUUGGGAGGUUUUUCUCAUUUUGUGGCUUAUGCUAACCCAAAGAUAGCCAGAAACUUGAUCGAAAAAUAAAUGUUUGGGAAAUUUGUUUUAUAAACUGCAUUAAAGCACCACAGUUUAUCACCAUGAAUCUUUCUUUCUCCAGAUGUUUGGCCUUGUUUGAAGUCUCCUGUAUAAAAGUUCACUGCUGGGGAUAAACUUAGGAUAAAGGUCUCUUUACUGUGCUUCUUAUCAAACUGCAGAUCAACCCUGACAUUAUGUGGUGAAGACACUGUGUACAUUGUGCUUUUGCAGAUAAGAAAAAAUAAACAAG